AACCAGGCUACGUGAUGCGUCACUGCGCGUACGUACGUGUAGUUGUGACGCUGGUCUGGCGUGAUGAGACGUGGUUGGUGGAGUUCGUGUGAGAGUUGGGGCUGCGGGUAAGAGCCCUGAGGGAGGCAUAAGAAUAUGUUGCCCACACCCAUAUAUCCACAUGUUGGCCAUGGUAUUUUCGCUGAUGUUUAUGACCCUGCAGAAGAUACAUUUCUUUUACUCGAUGCCCUGGAGAAAGAUGCAGAGGAGCUUAAGUCCAGAGUUGGAAUUAGCCUUGAAGUGGGCUGCGGGUCUGGUGUUGUCUCUGCAUUUAUUGCAUCACUUAUUGGACAGAAAGCUUGGUACCUAUGUACAGAUAUCAACCCUGUGGCAGCUUAUUGUACUUUAGAGACCGCCAGGGCCAACCAGUUACACAUUGAGCCAAUCAUAACAGACUUGGUUACUGGGUUGUUACCACGUUUACAAGGACACAUUGAUCUUCUUGUUUUUAAUCCACCCUAUGUAGUUACACCCCCAGAAGAGGUUGGAAGCCAUGGAAUUGAAGCUGCAUGGGCAGGAGGCAAAAAUGGUCGAGAAGUAAUGGACAGAUUUUUCCCAUUUGUUCCCAAACUCCUUUCCCCAACUGGCAUCUUCUACUUGAUUGUUUUAAAGGAAAACAAUCCUGAUGAAAUACUGGAAAAUAUGAGGAUGUACGGGCUGAUAGGAUCCAAGGUUCUCUGCCGACAGGCCGGAAGGGAAAAUCUAUGUGUUCUAAAAUUCUGCAGAUUGUUGAAAGCACCUUAAGUACUUUUUAAAUUGCUAGGAAGUACGGAUUGGAUUGUUCAUUGAUGAUUUAUCCUCUGUGAGGAAUUUCUGCAAGUACAGAUUAGGGACUGGUUGUCAUAUGUUCAUCUCUGCACUAAAGUUUGUAACACAUGGGUGCAUUGGAAUGUGCUAAAAUAUGGUAUAGCCUCAUGCCACAAAGAACCAUCUGAAUCCUGCUUGAAUAUCAAUUAAUGCAGCAAUGUUUUGAUAUAGGCAAGCUCAGUAGGAGUCCCUACCCCUGCUGCUUACAAAAAAACUGUUACAGGAAAUUUACAUAUACAACAUAUAUUAGGUUUCUUCAGAGCAUAGAAUCUGCCUUGCGUCUUGUUGCAGGACAUAUUUUGUAAAAGCUUUAUAACCCCUGUUUAACCAAGGGAUCCCCAGAUUUUGCUGGACAAUAACAUCUUUCCCUGGGGCAUCGCUGGGCCAACAACAAAUGUGUUCAAUUAAUUGUUUGCAAAAGCUAAAAGUAUUGAGCCUUGAAAAGCUACUUUCUGCUUCAUUUUCUAAUGUCCUGUGAUGUGUCAAUCAAACCCUGAUUUCAAUUCAGAUUAGAAGCUGCAGGAGAAUUUAAAAAUUAAGCAGACAAGCAUCAUUCGACUUACCUAAACAACUUGGAGCAAAUCUGCCUGGAAGAAAAGGCCAAAAUGCACGCAAAGCUGCAACAUACUUACAGCAAAGACACAGGGCUUAUUUUUUCACCUGGACAGUAACCUAUUUUUGCGGUCGUUUUUCCUUUCACCUGCUGAAAACAAUCUAAUUCCUGAUUGGUUUCGAUUGGUUAUUGCCCAGGUCCGAAUUUGGCCAGUGUUCAUUAAUGUGCUCCACUGCAUUCUAGUGACUUCACUUUAAAUUUUUCAGGUCAGGGGAGUACUGCUCCUUUUGGGCUUUGUAUGCAUGAUGAGUGUUCCUUUCUGUGCUUCCCUGCAUAAGAGCUUCAAGUGAAAUUUAUGUUCCUUAUGUCUAAAUUGGUGGAUUCCUGCCCUUUUCUAUGUGAAAAUGUCCUCUAUUAUAUUUAUAAAGAGCAACUGUGUUUUUAUACAUUUCACUAUUCGUUUUCCCUGUCUUUAAUAGUAAAGGACUAAUAAAACUAGAAAGUGAUUACACUUUAUUUCCAUUUAACGUUGAUAUCUGGUUGCUAAGCUUUGGAUCAGAUACACAUAUGGCAGGAAUAAGGGGCUGAUUAUCAAAUACUGAACUAAAAAAUCCUGAAGGAUAUUAAUAUUUUUCCCAUUUAUUAAAACGUUCCUAACUUUUAGGAACUUUU